AUGGAAGAAGCAGACUCGUUUGCCCAAGAAUUCGACACUCGUAUCCCCUCUAACCACGCCAAACCCGCCCUCAGUGAUGCAUACCAGCACAGCGGCAAAGAUGCAAAACACCCGAAACGACCAUCAAGGGAAGAACUAAGCGAGGAUGAAAGACGUAGGAUGGACAAGGAAGAGGAAGACGUGCAGCGGCAUAAUGAAGAUAUGGAGCAUCGGCACGGCCGGGCAGCCAGUCAGAUCACGCAGGAUGGAAAGGUUGAAACGAUAGACGAGAUGGAAGAGGUACGGUUCAAGAGCGAGGAGUAG